AUGCAGGAGGUCUACGACGACGCCAACCCGGCGUCGCGCGAAGCGCGGCGCACUGCCCGUUUGGCUUGCGAGAUGCUCAUCGGGUACGCCAAGGCGACCUGCGUCACUCCGCGAGACUUGUGCGCGCUCUUUGACAUCCGCAACCCCAUCAUCCGGGAGAGGAUGGAGCGCGCAAGCCCGCCUUUGAACCUCAACUCGACCCCACCUCCCGCCAUUACGGCUGCAUCCACCCCGGAACCUGAGACCCGCCGUCCUCGUGGGCGAGUCCUCCCAGCGUGGAUGACGGUGCCCACGGCGGACUGGAUUGCCCAGACCGCACGGCGCCAGGAGCUCAUCGACAGCGGCGUGCCGGCCGUCAUGAGCGGCUACGGGUUCCGUGCGGUGGUGAGCUUUGCAGUUCGUAAGCUGAGGGGUGGUGGUGGUGUGUGGGAAGAGCAGCAUGAAGCAGAAGGGCGUGUUUGUGGGGCUGAAGCGCGGGAUGGUUAUUGUGCGGUGGAGUUGGGUCAAGCGGCAGAGGGUGCGGUGGAGAGUGGUGGUGAGCGGCCUAAUCUGGCCGGUGUGGGUGCAGCAGGUUGCAAUGGAGUGCAAAGUAACGGUAGUUUAGGCGCCUGGGUUACGAAAGGGGAAGAACCAAUCAGACUGAGGAAAGAGGGAGGAAAAUAUACAGACGCGUAUGUGUCACCUGACGCAUAUGGGAGACAUAUGGCGUCUGAUGUCUCACCUGUGCCAGCUUAUAACGCGUAUGUGUCACCUGGUGCCACAAAUGGAGCAGUCAGGGCGGUCAGGGAGGGCAAUGGGAACAACAGAGGGGCAAGCGAGGGCAAGGCAAUCAGCAGAGGGGCAAGUGAGGGCAACGGGAGCGUCAGAGGGUCAAGGGAGGGCAAGGGAAGGAGCAGUGGGUUAACUGAGGGCAAGGGAAGCAGCAGAGGGGCGGAGGCUGGGAGAAUGAGUGAAGGGACGCCGGAACGGCAGCAUGAGUUUGGCCAGGAGCGGUUGAGUCAGGUGCUGGGUGCAGUAACAGCGGUGGAGGAGGAAGAAGGGGCGGAGGAGAGAGAAGGAGUGGAAAAGAAAGAAAGGCUAGAGAAGAGAGAAGCUGGGGAUAUGGCAUUCGCCAUUAGCACCUCAGAUGAGCGCAAGAGUGUGUUGCGGCGGGGGUUGGCAGUCUCCUCCCGCACUCUCUCCUGGAUCUCUGAUGUUGUUGUCUCACCUGCACUCAGCUUCACUGGCCCACCAGUGGCACGGGCAUUCAACUCGCUGCCUCGCAUCCGCAUGGGAGUAUUGCUGGACGUGGCAAGGAGUGUGCGAGCCAGUGCAGGCGGCAUGGGCGCAUGGUCAAUGCGCGACCUCACCCACGGGCUGUACCUGCUGUCGCUGCAGCAUGCUGAGGAGAGGGCGGUUGAUACUGUUGCUUCGACGCCCGUCACAGACGAGCAAACUGUGCAUGAUCUGAUCUACCACUGCGAGUUCGCGCGGGCGUCCAUUGCCACGACGCACCGAGCCAUAGCGCAGGCGUGCAUGGUUCGGCCGAACCGCAUCGUCAAGAUUGUUCCCAAGGCUCGUUACGGCAGGCCGGCCUACUUCAUAGCUCUGGACGACAAGCGUCGUCUCAUAGUGGUGUCGUUCCGCGGGACGCGAUCUGCGCACGACAUGCUGACGAACCUCGCCGCGCACUCGGUCCACGUGUCUACUGUUCAGCGUGCUGUGGAGAGGGAGGGGGGAGAGAGUGGCUCGGCAACCGAUGGCGGGGAGAGGAGUGAGGAGAGGAGCGAGGAGAGAGAAGGGGAAUUUUUUAUAGAGAGCGAUGGGAUGGAGGGAGAGAGGGAGGGAGAUAGGUUGGUCGCGGGCAGGAGUGAGCAAAAAGGAGGGAGGGGAGAGGAAAAGAGGAGAGAUGUAUGGAUAAGAGGGGAGGACAGGAGCGUGAGGGAGGAUAGGAGGAGGGGGAACGAGGCCAAACAACAACCAGAGAUUGGGCCAAACGGGCAAUCAACAGCAAAACCAAGGCAGAACCCCAAAGAGAACUCAAAGCAAGCCUCAAAGCAGCCUCCAAAGGAGGAGACAAUGGAAGACGUGGUGGGAGAGGAGGAGAGACGGGACAUGGACGAAGUAAUAGCCUUCGGGCACUACGGCAUGGUGCAAGCAGCCGAAACCUUCGUGCACGAGGAGUCCCCCCUGCUCUGCCAUCUGCUGGCCCACCACCCGGGGUACGACCUGCGCCUCAUCGGGCACUCCCUGGGGGCGGCGGUGGCGGCGCUGGUGACCAUUCUGCUCAGGCCACAGGCGGAGGGUCUGUUGGGGAUCGGGAGCGAGCGCGUGCGCUGCGUGGGGUUCGCCACACCACCUUGUGUAUCGAGACAUCUGGCGCUGUCCUGUCGCUCCUUCAUCACCACUGUGGUGCUGCAGGAUGACAUAGUGCCGCGCCUCAGUCUGCACGCCUUGGAGUCGCUCCGCAACGAAGUCGUGGCGUGCGCUGCUGCUCAGCCCAGCAAGGAGAAGGCCGCUCGCUGCAACGGCAGCAGUAGCAGCAGCAGCAGCAGCAACAGCAACAGCAACAGCCCUCCAGAUGUGGGUGACAGUAACGGUGCUGCUUAUAGGGAGGGCGAGCUGACAGGUGCUACUAUACUCCGCGACUCCUCUGCAGAAGAUGCCUCCUUUCUCUCCCCUCCUCACUCUCCCUUCGAUUCUUCCUCGUCCUCCUCAUCCCCCUCAUCUCAAUUGCCUCUCUUUGCCACCACCACUGCCACUCCCCCUCACGAGCUCGGUCUUUCGACCUCUUGUUCAUCUGCCCUUGAUGCUCUCUACACCUUCUCCUCCUCCUCUCGCCCUCCAGCCUCCCUCGCCGCCUCCUCUUCUCGCUCCCCUCGCUCCUCACGCUCCUCUCCCUCUGUGAAUUCCCGCUCGGCCCUUCGAUCCUCUCCCCCUCGUCCUGCUCCUACUUUAUCACCUGCUGAUUCGCCUUCGCUUCUGACCAAGCUCAAGUCGAAGAAGUGGAAGAAAAAGGAGGAGAGGGAGUUGAGUCGACAUGAGCUGAUGCUGCUGCAACAGGUGCAGAUGGAGUGCUGUAUUCCGGACGAGCACUACUCCAAUGCUGCAGCAGCUACUAAAGGGGACGACCAUGAGUUACUGCCACAGCAUUCGCAGCAUCUCCAGCAACAGCGGGAAAAUGGGGAGGAUGGGUGGGGAGCUGGAUCAAUUCUGCUUGGCAUGGAAGAGUCAGCUGGCAAUAGCCAUGGUAGCAGCCAUGGUAGCAGCCAUGGUAGCAGCCAUGGUAGCAGCCAUGGUAGCAGCCAUGGUAGCAGCCAUGGGACAGAUAAUACCAAGUCCGGAAUGUGCAUUGGCAGCGGCAACGGCAAUGACAACGAGCUUGGCAGUUGGAAUGGGAAUGGUAAUGGGAGUGCGAGUACCAGUGACAAUGGCAGCAAUGGCAAUGAGAAUGGCAGGUCUAAGAUUCUUACCGAGGACGUGACUGCUACAGCUGCGAAAACAUGGAGAAGCAGUCUCGGCGAAUGUGGUUACCAUGGAUACGCACAGGCGUUACGCUCCGGGGAAACUGUACCAUAUAGUGAGGGAUAA